AGCGCUGGCAGCAGAACAGUCAGCCAUGAAUCCAGAAGAACAGAUUGUAACAUGGCUUAUUUCACUAGGAGUCUUAAAUUCCCCUAAGAAAAUAGUAGAUGACCCAGAGGGGUUCCUGAAAACUUCUCUGAAGGAUGGAACUGUGCUUUGCAGACUAAUUCAUCGGCUUCUUCCGGGAUCUGCAGAAAAGUAUUGCCUGGAGCCUAAAAAUGAAGCUGACUGCAUCAGUAAUAUCCAAGAGUUCUUGAAAGGCUGCGCAUUUCUGAAAGUGGAGGUGUUUGAUCCACAUGAUUUGUACACAGGAGAUCAGUUCUCCAAGGUCCUGAGCACAUUAACAGCUAUAAAUAAAGCUACUGAAGAUCAGCUGUCAAAAGGGCCAUGUUCACAUCUGUCCUCUCUUAACUCCGUGGCUGGAGACGCCCAGAGUGACUCCAACGGCACAGCUUCCCAGUCAGCAAGGGGGUUACGGAGGCAGUCCAAGCCUGUGGAGAUGACCGAGAAUGGCAGUCAUCAGCUGGUGGUAAAGGCCAGGUUCAAUUUUAAGCAGACCAAUGAGGAUGAACUCUCUGUUAACAAAGGAGACAUUAUUUAUGUCACCCGAGUUGAAGAAGGGGGUUGGUGGGAAGGCACCUUGAAUGGAAAAACAGGCUGGUUCCCAAGCAACUACGUCAGAGAAAUCAAAUCUACUGAGAAACCACUCUCUCCCAAAGCAUUAAAAGGGCUAGAAAACACUCAACUGACAAAGAAUUAUUACCCAGUGGUGUUGCAAAAUAUUCUGGAAACAGAACGAGAUUAUGCGAAGGAACUACAGUCACUUCUGGGGACUUACUUAAGACCCCUCCAGUCUUACGAUAAGCUCAGUGCUGGGGACAUCAUGGCAUUGCUGGGAAACAUGGAAGAAAUCUCUGCUUUUCAGCAAACACUGAACCAAGCCUUGGAGGAAGUUGCAAAGCUCCCCGAGAACCAGCAGCGUGUGGGAGGCUGUUUCAUGAACCUGAUGCCCCAGUUCCGCUCCCUGUACCUGACGUACUGUGCUAACCACCCUUCAGCAGUGAAUGUCCUCACACAGCACAGUGAUGAGCUGGAGAAGUUCAUGGAGAGCCAGGGUGCAGCCAGCCCAGGCAUUCUUAUCCUGACCACAAGCCUCAGCAAACCCUUCCUGAGGCUGGAAAAGUACGUGACACUGCUGCAGGAGCUGGAGCGGCACAUGGAGGAGGCGCAUGCAGAUCAUGAAGAUGUUUUGAAAGCUGUCACAUCCUUCAAGUCCCUUGUGUCGCAGUGCCAGGAGCUGAGGAAGAGGAAACAACUCGAGCUGCAAAUCCUUUCUGAAUCCAUCCAGCGCUGGGAAGGAGAGGACAUAAAAAUGAUGGGAAACAUCAUCUACAUGUCCCAGGUUAUGGUGCAGUCUGGAGGAAAUGAAGAGAAAGAGGAGCGGUAUUUCUUGCUGUUUUCCAAUGUUUUGUUGAUGCUGUCUGCAAGCCCACGGAUGAGUGGGUUCAUCUACCAGGGAAAGCUGCCUUUGACGGGAAUGACACUGACAAAGCUGGAAGAUGCUGAAGGGAAUGAGCACAUGUUUGAAAUCACAGGGAACAUGAUGGAGCGGAUCACUGUGUCCUGCAGCACCAGCCAGGAUUUGCACGAAUGGCUUGACCACUUGCAAAGGCUGACCAAAGGGACGUACAGUACUGUCUCCAAAACGCAGUCCUGGAGCCCUCAUUCAACAUUUAGUUCAGCUGGGCAGAUCCGUGGGCCUCUGGAACCCCCCAAAAUCCUCAAGCCCUGGAGCUUGAGCUGCCUCCGUCCUGCUCCUCCGCUCAGGCCAUCAGCAGCACUGAGUUACAAAGAGAGGAUGUCUUAUAUCUUAAAGGAUUCCAGCAAAAGUCCAAAAACAAUGAAGAAGUUUCUUCCAAAAAGGAAAACUGAGAGAAAACCAUCCGAUGAAGAGUUUGUUAUUCGGAAAAGUACUGCUGCGCUGGAGGAGGAUGCUCAGAUCCUGAAGGUGAUUGAGGCAUACUGUACUGGGGCAGGCUUCCAGCAAGCUCUCAGUUCAGGCUCCCGUAAAGAUUCCAUCCCCCAAGUCCUGCUUCCUGAGGAAGAGAAAAUCAUCAUAGAGGAAACACGAAGCAAUGGCCAGAUGGUCAUGGAGGAAAAAAGCCUUGUUGACACAGUUUAUGCACUGAAAGAUGAAGUGAAAGAGCUGAAGCAGGAAAACAAAAGGAUGAAACAGUGUUUGGAGGAAGAGCUUAAGUCCAGGAAGGAUUUGGAGAAGCUGGUGAGAAGGCUGCUGAAGCAGACGGAUGAGUGUGGCAGGGAGGACACAGGGCGCAAGUCAUCCCUGAUCGCCUGAAUUCAUGGAGAAGCUGCUGGCAGUGUGACCUCAGAUGUAUUUUUGGAAAGUGGAACUGGAUCCUUUGCCUCUUCUUGCUCCUUAUUUUGUUGAUUUGGGGUAUUUUGUUACCAAAACCAAAAAAACAACAACAAAAAAACAAACAAAAAACAAUCAUAGAGAAAAAAAUAAUUUUCCUUCCAUUCAGUAAGGAAAUAAAGCAGAAACAAUCAAUCACAACUGAACCAGUAAGCAAGUGGUCCAUGAUUCACAAUUCAUCUGCAGCAACUAAUACCUCAUUGUACCUGCUACUGGGAGCAAAUACAAACUCUGCUAGCGAUUGUUGCUCACAAAGGCUUGGGCAGCAGUUUCCUUAGAAUAAGCUUAAGCACUUUUUAAUGCUUUCAUUCUUUCCAAAAGCACCAACCAGUACCUAUUUAUUGAAUGAAAACAUUACUGAGGUGGCAUUGAGCAGAAACCAAAAAAGCACCAUGCUCCUCUUUUCAGAUAAUCACAACUGGGGGAGUUUUCCCAUCCAUCUUCUUUUUUCCCAUUAGUUGACUGUAGCGAACUAGAGCCCAGCAAUACUGUGGUUCCUGUGUGGCCUUGAUACUGAUUAAAAUGUGCAAUUAUGAAGAUAUUUGAAUUCCUUGGGGAAGCCAGAUCUGGAGCACCUGUCAGAGCGCAUAGGAAGGUAUUUUGCACAGUGCUGCCUCCUUACAGCUCGUGAUUAGCACAACAGGUAAUUGCUCUUCUGCCCCCCAUCCCUUUUCUUCUGCAUGAUGUAGAAUUCCUACCUACUGCUUUGUUUUCACAUUGUGUGUCCAGGUAUCCUAGGAGAUUAUAAUUUUGCUGUGCUUCCUCUUGCAGGACAUGCUUUUCUCUGUAUGAAAUGUAAACACUGUUUGACAACAAAAAAACAACCCCAAAUGUGCUGGUCCCCUGCUCCCUUCUGCCCACUUUAUGCUCUCCAUCACUCCUUCUCAAGGGUUGGGAAUGUAGCCAGUGGCCACUUCUCCCCACACUGCUUCACAGGGGCUUUCUGCUAGGGAAAAGGAACUUUUCUCUUGGGAUAGGGAAGGUAUUUAUACUUUGACAAGAGCUGGAGCACUCCCGGGGCAAGGAUGUGCAACACCUGCACAGAUCCAUGCACAGUUCCUCAAACACAGCACACAGGCAACAUGCAUAUGUAUCAGCUUUCCUUAUCUUAUUUGGUGUUAUACCCUAGUUUAGAACUCAUAUUCCCUUCCCGCACCUUCCCGCACCUUCCCUUCCCGCACCUUCCCUUCCUUCUGUUAAAGUUAAUGAUGUCUUAUUUAUCUCAAAGGGCAGCAUGGUCGCAGGGUGUGAGAGGCACCACAGCUCAUAAAAAUCACACCAUUAUGUUGGUUGUGAAGGACAUAACACAGGCAAUAAUUACAACUCCCUCCUUGCCAUUAAAAUUUAGCUAGUACAUUGCAAAUGGUGUUUUGGGAGAUGUAGACCCCAAAACAUCUCAAGGAGUGUAAUAAGAAACUCUUUAAGCUAUUUCUAGGGCAAAACAGAGGUCUGCCUACAUUUGCCAUCCCCAGAGCAUCCCAGUCGGAUGGCAGCUCCCCACAUCCCUCCCUGGGCACACAGUUGGGUGGUUUGGUCAGCAGCCCAGCCUUGCUGUGCUCGUGAAUAGUUUUCCAGGAGCAGGACCUUUGCUGCACUUUCUGCUGCUCAGGGAGGCCAUGCGCAGACCCCUCGGUACUGCCUGGCCCUGCUGCCUGCCCUAAGCUGGGCUGAUGACAUACAGAACGAACCAAGGGCCACUGACACUCCAGGGAGAGGGUGGAAAUGUGUCCUCGCUGCCUCCAGGCUCAGUUGAAACCCAUGCUAUGUACAUACGCAUGUUUGUGAGAUGUAAUGUGAUGGAGGGCACACUGGGACUUUUUAGAUCAAGUAUUCGUCAAGAGCUAGAAGCCAAAAAAAGACAAGAAAAUAAAAUAAAAAGGAAAAGAAGCCAUGCCAGAUGGACAGCAAUGUUUCCAUAUUUACUUUGUUUACAGUGCUUUGUAAAUAGGUUCCAGUGAGUCUGUCUUUAGAUGGAUGUUGUGUCAGCUACGUUCUAGUGUAUCUUUAUCAUGUAAGUUUAUUUACUGUAAACUACUUAUGCAAGUUCAACUUUUCUAACAUGUUUUUAUUUUGAACACUUUUUUUAAUUGACAUUUUCAACAAAUAAAGAAGGAUAAAAAUUGCUUCUUA